AUGGCCUUCGUACCCAGCGCGUUUUUACGACCAGGGUCUGGCGCCGAAACGCUAUCAGCAAAAUCGAAUAUCGCGCAAACUACGCACAUUGCGAGGAGCUCUUAUUCACUGUCGAACAGCGCUCACGGAGGCACCAGGGCCGUACUUCAACGAGAAGACACCAUAUCCCCCAGAGCAGACAUUCCAAAAAUUGCUUCUGGUCUCCCAGGAAAUCGUUUUUAUGACAUCUCACCGAAUGACAUCGAAGCUGUCCGGAUUCGCCAUUGUCGAGUGGACACUGAAGAGCUUGCAAAAGUAGUCUUCAGAAAGAUUGUAGCUCGUGAAGAGUCGCUUGCGAAAAUGGCGAAAAUGGUGUCCACAUGUUCAGCGAGUAAAGAAUCCGGCGGAGAUUUGGGAUGGUGGUGGCAGGAUGAAGCAAUUCCAGCAGAUAGGGAACAGUUCGGAGUGAACGAGCAGCUGCUAGGAGCAGCUCUUCGUACGAGGCCGAAUAGAUUGGAACAGGUCAAGACAGAGGAUGGAUGGCACGUUUUUAUGGUAGAAGAAGUGCGUCACGUCAUCAGGACGAAACACGAAAGAACACCUUCUCGCCGGAAGGCAGAUAAAAAAGACUUUAAAAACACCUCCGCGGAAGCAUUGGUACCAGUGGCGAAGACGUAUGCAAUGCAGACUUUGGGAUGUCAAAUGAAUCGAUCUGAUUCCGAGAGAAUGGCUGGAGAGCUUGCUCGAAUUGGCUAUAAAGAAAUCGAUGACCCUUUCAAGGCCUCUGUUCUCGUUCUAAACACGUGCAACAUCCGCGACCAUGCGGAGAAGAAAGUGUACAGCUACAUCGGUCGCCAUGCUGCUCGCAAGCGAAAAUACCCGCAGGAUGUGACACUUGCUGUUGCCGGUUGUGUCGCUCAGCAAGAAGGAGAAAGAAUGCUGCGCCGAAUCCCAGAGCUUGACCUAGUGUUUGGGCCUCAGUACGCAAAUCGUCUCGGUGACCUUCUGAAGGACGUCGAGACUAAUCAGUGUCAGGUGGCAGCUACAGAUCCCAUUCACAUUCAAGAGGAUAUCUCUAAGCCCAAGCGUGAGUCCACGGUCACGGCGUGGGUGAACGUCAUGUAUGGGUGCGGAGAAAAUUGCACUUUUUGCACAGUGGGUAAUGUUGUACGAAGUGUGGAACAGAGUAGGACAAUUAGCAGUAUUCGUGCGGAGAUGGAGGAUAUCGCACGUUCUGGAAUUCGUGAGGUUGUACUUCUUGGCCAAAACAUAGACGCUUAUGGGAGAGACAUGUAUCCGAAAAAAACAUUUGCGGAGCUUCUACGGAAUGUUCAUGACGUCGAUGGGAUAGAUCGGAUACGAUUCACUACAAGCCACCCGCGCUAUAUUUCGCGGAAUCUGGUCACCACUUGUGCCGAGUUACCGAACGUCAUGCCCUAUUUUCAUAUUCCUCCCCAGAGUGGUAACGAUGAUGUUUUGAAGGAAAUGAAGAGGGGCUACACUGUAAAGGCAUUCAAGGCAGUGGUUAAUCGAAUCCGAGAAGCAACCCCGGAUGCUGCCAUCUGUGGCGAUAUGAUCGUCGGCUUCCCAGGUGAGACGGAGGAACAGUUCCAAGACUCCUUAAAGCUUAUGGAGGACGUGAAGUUUGAUGUGAUGAACACUGCAGCAUACUCACCCCGCCCAAACACGCCGGCAGCCGAGUAUAGCAACCAGAUCUCGGACGCCAUGAAAGCGGACCGGCUUGCUCGAAUGAAUGAAUUGGUUACAAGACAUGCUCUUGAAAGAAGUAUGCGGUAUGUUGGAAGAGUUGAGCAUGUGUUGGUUGAGCAAGAAAGCUCUAAAACCCCAGGCGAAGUCGUCGGGCGCACUCCAACGAACCGUACGGUUCGCUUUUCUGGCUCGAGGGAGUUGAGGGGGAAAAUUGUACCUGUGAAGAUUGUUGAAGCAUUGCCCUUCACAUUACUUGGAGAGAUUGCCGGCUCGCCCUACUAA